CUAAAGAUGCACACAUGGGGCUAAAUCCGUCAUUUCAGAGGUGGAGAAUAUUAUACCUGAUUCUCUCGUCAUCCAACCGGCUAGGGUUUCUAGAGGAGGGGGAUCCGAUUACCUUGAGAGCACUACAGAGGCGGGGACUGUCGAGAACAUUUUUGUCUUUUGCUGUUUUAGGUGGGGAAUAAAGACUGUCAGGAGAACCCACUGAUUGCAUAUGGCUGAAAAGGAAGAAGUGAAGCACCUUGAGGAUUGCUCGGUUUCAAAUGCUUUGGGCACGUGGGUUUUCUCGGUGGUGGGAGCUUUGGUCGCAAUCCCUGUUGGGAUUAAACGUAAAUCCUUAGCACCCCUUGUCUUCUUCGGAACCACUGGCACCAUGAUUGAUAUAAUGCUGGGAAUCAGUGCUUGUGAAAGAGAGCACGCAGAGCGACAGAUGCAGCUUUUGGAAGAACAAAAUGCUGCUGCAGCCAAUUCUCAACCUGAAUCUUCAUGAUCAUCUGCUCGGCUUGGCUCAUGGCUCAUUUAGGAUUCAAGUUAAAAUGGUGGAAGUUUGGUUCAUUAGGCUCGACUUCAAGUUAAAGUUCGGCCCGCAAAGGUUGAACUUGAGCUUUGAACUCAAUUUGAGUUGAAGUGACUCCAGUUUCAUACAUAUUUUAGUAUUUUUUUAAUAUAUGAAUUAAAUAAAUAUUUAAAUUUUAUUAAUGAAUUCAAAUUUUGACAAAAUGCAAUAACAUAAAAUAUAUAUGUGCAUUAUGAAAAUUGUGCUAAA